AUGGAUUUGAAUAAAGCAGCAGUUUUGGCUCUUACUAUUAUUCAAAUUCCAUCUGUCAUUUGUGCCACAUAUAUUUUCUUUCAAAUUUUUCAACGAACAAGCUCAUUACGACGUUUACAAAAUCAUUUAUUCAUCUAUUUAUUGAUUGUUGCAACAUGGAAUAUAAUUAUUGAUCUACCGAAUACUCAAGUAUACUUUUGGACAGGUACUGUCUCCAUUUCCACACCUUGGUUUUGUAGAUUUUGGAACACAUCAUAUUUAUAUUCAGCUGCACUUAAUCGUUUUCUGAUGGCAUUCAUGGCAAUUGAACGUCAUUACCUUGUAUUUCGUCCUCAUUUCUAUCAUACUCAUCGUUCACGACUUCUUUUUCAUUAUACUCCACUCGUUUUUAUGAUUUCAGUGAUUUUCAUCUAUGUAUUGAUUGCAAAUGUUUUCGUUUCAUGCCCUGGAUCAGCUUUUAUUUAUUCUAUUUUUAUGUGUGGCUAUACAUGUGCAGUUCGUUCGACGGAUCUUGGGACAAUUUAUUGUUGGGUGUUUGUUUUCAUUCCUACAACGAUGACUAUUAUUGGAUGUGUUCUAUUACCUAUUCGAUUUAUAAUUCAAAAGAGACAACUUCAACGUAUUCAAUGGCAUCGUGCACGAAAAAUGAUUGUUCAAAUGAGUAUAAUUGCUGGUACAUAUACUAUAUGUUGGUUACCAUAUACAAUUGUACUUCAACUAGAUAUUGCUGGUAUCUUACCUUUUUUUGAUCCAAAUAUGAACCGAUUUUUGGCAUUGAUGCCGUACGUAACAAGUUUGUUGACACCAUUCAUAAUUCUUCAAACAAUACAUGAUGAAUUAAAUCUAGGUCUAGUGGAACGAAUAAAACGUCGCUUUUUCCCACAACGACAACGGAAGAUUCGGCCAGUUGUUAACUCUGUAGGUAAACAACAAGAUUCUGCUAAUCGUGAGAAACACACUGCAAUUAAUCGAAAUAAAAUCGGGGAAAGUUGA